AAUAUCGCAUAGUAAUAACAUCACGCGACCAUCUCUAGUUCUGUGCAGUAUAAAAUAGUUUUUUACGGCACGUAAACAAACCGAAACUAUAAUUUUAGCCAGCGCGAUUGCCACUUUAAAAUAAUCUCCACGUCUGUAAUUAAUGCAGCAUCCAAGAAGGCAUGACAAAUCCAUUCCAUAGGCCGACCACUCCGCGGACAGCGUGGCAUUAAAUUACACGGCCGCUGUCACAUAAUCUCGAGAUAGCCACUAUAUAGUUUGUAUAUACACACACAUUCGUCACCCGAUGGGCAGCAGAAUGGCCGAUAAUACGGGGAGCGUUAUCACCAUUAAUGGUGGUCAGUCGGCGGGAAGCUCCCCGCCUUCGCAGCGGAAGUCCUCCUCGUCGGAAUCUCCACCAGAAAUGCGAAUCCUGUGCUUCGACCUCACCUACUACAAUCGCACCACCCAGUUCCUGCUGAGCUGCGCGGGCGUCUUUAUCCUGUACAUCCUGUACGGCUAUCUGCAAGAGCUGAUCUUCACCGUGGAAGGAUUCAAACCCUAUGGAUGGUUCCUUACACUCGUCCAGUUUGGCAACUACAUUAUCUUCGGCCUGGUGGAACGUCGCCUGGAGGGCUAUCGGAUAAGCGGUGGAUCCUUUUGGAACAUUGAGCCGGAGCCACGUCGCAUUCCCAUGAAAACGUACCUGGUUCUGGCUGCCCUCACCCUGGGCACAAUGGGUCUGUCCAACUCCAGUCUGGGCUACCUGAACUACCCCACCCAGGUGAUCUUCAAGUGCUGUAAGCUCAUCCCCGUCCUGGUGGGCAGCAUCCUCAUCCAAGGCAAGCGCUACGGACUGCUGGACUUUGCGGCAGCCACCUGCAUGUGCAUCGGAUUGGCCUGGUUCACGCUGGCCGACUCCCAGAUGACGCCCAAUUUUAAUCUGCUGGGUGUGGCCAUGAUUUCGGGAGCGCUGCUCUGCGAUGCGGCCAUCGGAAAUGUCCAGGAGAAGGCCAUGCGGGAGCACAAGGCGCCCAGCAGCGAGGUGGUCUUCUACUCCUACGGCUUGGGAUUCGUGUAUCUCUUUGUGAUCAUGCUGGUUACCGGCAACUUCUUCAGCGGAUUUGCUUUCUGCCUGGAGCACCCCCUGGAGACCUUUGGUUAUGGUUUCCUGUUUAGCCUGUCUGGCUACCUGGGCAUCCAGUUUGUACUGGCGCUGGUGAGGAGCAGUGGUGCUCCCAUAGCUGCCACAGUGACCACCGCUCGCAAGGCUGUGACCAUAGCUUUCUCCUUUGUGCUCUUCAGCAAACCCUUUACAAUCCAAUAUCUGUGGUCUGGCCUUAUAGUUGUCCUGGGCAUCUAUCUCAACGUAUACAGUAAGAAGAACAAGCUGACAAUUGCCGACAUCCGGCAAAGAUUGAAGCAAGUUGGAGCCAAGAUUGCCCGCUCGCCGAGUCGCAAAUUUCUCAUCGAAGUUUAGUUUGAUACCAAAAACAUGAUACAAAUUUUAGUCGAAUUGACCCAACUGUUUUCUGCAAGAAAACUAAUCACUAUAAUUACUUAAUUAAACGCUACACAACUCCGAA